ACUUUCAGUCAGCAUGCGUGUGUGUCUGUGGUGCCAUCCCUUAGCUGACAGUGGUCCACUCUGAAGGUAAAAGGGGUACGGGACAGGGAGGGAGAGCAUACCGGGUCGGGGCCUGUAAAUGGAUGGAGGAGGUCAAAGAGGACGAGGAAAGGAGGAAAACUCAGCAGAGCAUUCUACAUCAAACCCCAGUUGUUGAUCCGCCCCAGCACACACAUUGGUCACAGACUCUGAAGACACUGCGCCCCUGGAAAGGCUGCUACAGUUUGGCUCCUGUGGUGGUAGUGUGGUCUGUGUGCCAGGUGGAGGCGCCGCUGCACCCCUCUCUGCUGCUGCUGGAUGUGUGCUGCCGGCUCCUGUUGGUGUGUCUGCUGUGGAUGCUCCUGGGAGGCUGUGUCCAUGCCCUGAAGUGCCGCCUGCAGCAAGGACAGCACCAGGGGGAGCUUCCACUGAGGAUACAGCAUGAAGUUGUUAUGGAAAAAAGGAAUAACCAGUAUUUAUGCAUGUCCCCGUCGAGCAGCCCGGGCCUUGACGAUGCUCUGGCCCAUGCCGUGGCUGACAGCCUGGUGCUGUGUGUGCUUCAGGAGCCGCUGCCAGACCCCAGUGUGCCACACAUACAGGCUCUGCUCUCCAGGCUGGAGUCAGUGUCUCACACACUGGAGAAGGCUGAUAUCAGUUCAGAGUUGCACCAGGACUCUGUUCUGGGAGACAAAGUGAAGAUUAUCCGCACCUACCUGCAGCAGAGAAUGAGAUCACUGUGUAGACUCAUCCAAGUGCAGGGGGAUUUCGAGGCCAGUGUGAAGGACAUGCUGGAGGGUCUUGGAGGCCUCUGGGCUCAGCUGGAAGAGCUGCACACCGGCGUCACGCUCACCAAAGACGGGAGCCCUGGAGACCCGACCUCGGCCCAGACAGAUGCAGAGAAUCUGUUUGUGGUCUUGGGGCACUACAGAAACAGACUGCAAUGCUGCCAGGCUCAUCUGAAGGACAGCACACAGCUAGUGCAGGAGUUAACCUGGAGUCACACUCAUAUAAGAAACAGUGUAAGCAGCCGCAGUGAGUCAGUCUGGCCGGAGCUGCUGCUUCAGACAAACAUUGAGCAGUUUGACAAGGUGCAGGAGGGUUUCCUCUCCCUGGAACAACAGACCUCUACGUUCCAGGCCCACCUGGAGGGACUCGGUAAGGAGAGCCAGGAGGGACCUGCAGGGCCCCUCUUUCAUGCUGAUGGGGCCCAUUCUCGCUCAGUCUCUCCACAGACUUCUCCACAGCUCCACAGUGAUACGGAGCGCAAGAACUCAACCUCUGCCUCCACCUCUGUCUCCUCUAUGGAUGUGAACACAGACACAGAAAUGGACGGUCCUCUGACACUGUUUGAGAGGUCAGCGCUGCACUUCUCCUCCACCGUCAGACGGCUGCGUAAAUCUGGGAAGAGGAAGUGACUUUUAUCGGACUUGUAACUCUCACUUUUAUAAAAGAACGUUUUUAAUUACCAAGUAGAAAUAUCUUCAAAUGUUGAUCAUUUGCUAGUUGCCUAAACAAUCGUAAUUAUUGCUUCCUGUGUUUACAUUCUGUGGCUUUUUUGAUUUUGACUACUUCUGUUGCUUUUGUUUUUUGCAUUUCAAAUACUCUUGGUAGGAAUAGGCCACAGCAGCCUUUUCAAACACAAGGGGGCGCACUGUCACCAGAUAUCACCUUUGGUUGUUACAAGCAUCAACGACACCUCACAUCACCUAUUCCAUUAUACUAUCAAACCUAUCAUAUACCAUAGAGCCAUUUUUGCUCUGCGUUGAGGGAACGUUUUCCGAACUUUUUUAUUUCAAUCAACUCUUUAGUAGGCAGUUGUUGGACAUGCUUCUCCAACAUGUGGCCCAUAAAUGAGUUUAUGGAAGAUCAGAGCAGUCAACCACAACAUGCGUCUGAAGAAUUUCAUAAUGUGACAAAUGAGACUCAGGCAUAUGUUUUUUACAGUAAAUUAUUUGCAUGUAUCGACUUCAUUAAGCAUUUGUACUUAAACAAAGUCAUGUAAUAUUG